AUGGCACGCACAAAAAAUGUUAGAGGUGGACGAAAAGAUGCUAUCAAAGCAACGGCUCACAAGAAUUUACCUGUCACUCAACCUACCGAUUGCGGGACGACAGGCGCUUUUGACGAAAUACUGGAUCAAGCUGAACAACUUCUCGUGGCUUGUGAAUUAGAAGAAGCACAACGAUUAUGUCAAGAAGUAUUAAAGUCAGCUGAAUUCAAUACUCGAGCUCUUGAAGUUUUGGCUUUGAUCGAACUCGAGUCUGGUGACACAAAAGCGGCUAGAAAGCUCUUUAAUCGAUGUAUCGCACAUUCUAAACCUACAGCUCCUCCUACCGUUCAUCUCUAUCUUGCUCAGUUGGCCGAUAGUCCAGAAUCGUCACUCAAACACUUCGAAACUGCGCUUUCAAUUCUACAAGAGAAAUUGGAAGUAAUCCAGAAAAAUAAACAAAAUGGCGAUGUACCAACAUGUCCCGAUGAGUCGACAGAAGUAGUAGAAUGGAGUGUAGAAGAGAAAGAAGUGCGAAGGAGUGGUAGUCGUGCAUUGGUUGGAAUGACCGAGCUUUAUUUAACUGAUUUAUGUUUCGAUCCUACGGCAGAGCAAAAGUGCCUCGAUUACCUUUCCAUAGCUUCGUCAUUGGAUCCAACUGAUCCCGAACCACUUCAAACUCUUGCAUCUGUAAGAUUAUCGCAAACAAAUGUGGACGCAGCGAAGGAGGCGCUUCUUCUAGCGUGGGAUUUAUGGCGAGACAAAUCUCACAUUGAAGAUUCUAAUUCAACAGCACCUGAUCAGAUGGAAGAAGAUGGAGCAGAAGAAACUGAAUCUGAGGAAGAUCAUGACGAUACGAUUCCACCGUUCGAUAGUCGAGUACAAUGGUCGAAAUUGGCAAUUGAAUGUGAUAUGUGGUCAGAAGCCAUCGAAGUUCUGCAACAGUGUGAAGCGGAAAAUGAUGAGGAUGGUGAAGUUCAAUACCUAUUGGCGAUUUCAUGGCAUAUGAUGGGAGAGGAUCGGGAGAAACAACCUCCAUCUGAGGCUUCAGGAGAUACUACAUCUAUCGGAUACGGACUUGAUAAAUCAGAGUGUUGGAUGGAAGCCAAAGAAUAUAUCGAUUCCUGUGUUCAAUUACGGGAGCGCUUCGGUGAAGACUCUGCUCUCGAUGAAAGUAUCAUGAAACACAUUCAAGAACUUGAUACCCAACUUCAAGCAGCAGGUAUCACAAGUAAGUCACUUGGCGAUGAGGUUGAGAACGGUGAGCCUGUAGCAGAAGACGAUGGGGAUCAAGAUUGGGAUGAUGUUAGUGAUGUGGAUAUGAAACCAGUUGACUGA